AACCCCAGAACCAGAGGUACGGAGGCCAGGAAGGUGAGAAAAGCAGAAAGACUUAGGGAGAUAAGGGCUCAAAGGUCACCCUUCACCCCAAUUUCGCUCAAGUUCUCCUCCUCCAAAAUGGCUGACAAUGCCACCUCACAAGAAAGCCUUUAUGGAGACUAUGAGGACUAUCCUGACUUUGACGACAACAGCGGCCUCCGUGACUCCAUGCACCUGCUCUCCAUGGUGCUCUACAGCGUGGCCUUCCUGCUGGGGGUGAUAGGGAAUGGCCUGGUUAUCUUUGUCACUGGCUUCCGCAUGAAGAGGACUGUCAAUACUGUCUGGUUCCUCAACUUGGCCUUAGCCGACUUUGUCUUCACUUUCUUUCUCCCGCUGAGUGUGGCCUACAUGGCCCUCGGCUUUCAUUGGCCCUUCGGGAAGGCUCUGUGCAAGCUCAACACCACCGUGGCCUUCCUCAACAUGUUUGCCAGCGUCUUCUUACUCACUGUCAUCAGCAUGGACCGUUGUGUCUCUGUGGCUUGUCCCGUCUGGGCCCAGAACUAUCGCACACCCCGGCUGGCUUCUAUGGUGGCGCUGGGCAUCUGGCUAGCAGCCAUGGCUCUCAGCUCCCCAUACUUUUUCUUCCGGGACACUGGGAGCUCCUCUGGCGAGGAGAAUAUCACCCACUGCUACAACAACUUUGCCUUGUCGGAUGACCUGGACACGGAGGAGGUUGCCAAGCUGGGAGAGGAUCGUCACCGAGCCAUGGUGAUGACCCGCUUCGUGGCUGGGUUCCUGGUGCCAUUCACCAUCAUCUUGUUCUGUUAUGGCAUCAUCACGGCCAGGCUGAAGGGCAGCCGCCUCACACGCUCAGGCAGACCCUUCAAGAUCAUGGUGGCAGUUGUUUUGGCCUUCUUCAUUUGCUGGUUCCCCUAUCAUGUCUUCUCCUUUCUGGAGAUGUCAGUCACCACAGUAACGCCCUGGCUGCAGACCAUUCUGGUGGUGGGGGUACCUUUGGCCUCGGGCCUGGCCUACGUCAACAGCUGCCUGAACCCUUUCCUGUAUGUCUUUGUAGGGCAUGACUUCAGGGAGAAACUGAGGACGUCGGUCCUUGCAGCGUUUGAGAAUGCUUUCAGUGAGACCUCAGCACAGGUGUUAACCAAGAGCAAAUCCAGUUUGGAGAUAGAGUGUCACCUUGUCUAGAGCAGAAGGGGCAAACUGUAGGCCAGGGUUUUGCAAACUUGUGUCUCCAGCUGUUGUUGGACUACAGUUCCCAUGAUCCCUGACCACUGGUCCUGCUAGCUAGGGAUGAUGGGAGUUGUAGUCCAACAGCAGCUGGAGACACAUGUUUGCAAAACCCUGCUUUAGUCUUUUCUCUGCCCUGAUCCUUGAGUCUUCCCUCUCCUUCCCCAAUUCACAGCCAAGUACAAAACAGUGGUUUUGGGAUGGAGGGUUGGGAAUGGCCUGAAGCAAAAUGGUUGCUUAGCACUUGGAGGUAAUCAAGGUCUAUGCUGUUUUGUAAGCUGUACGCUGGGAUGGCCUGCAUAUCAAAAUACAAAUCUUACCUUUCAGGUAUGUGAAGCUAAUAUUAUUUACUCUAAAACUAUCCUGCAGAGUGUAGUAUUACACUCUAUGCUGGCUCUAUGGACAGUGGCGGAGCAAGCCGAUUGGGGACCUGGGGCGGCGUGUGUGCCCUGCGCCCAGGGGUGGGGCCCUCUGCCAGAGGGGCAAGGCAAGCCAGGGCAGGACGCUCCACGGGGCCUCAAAGGAGUCUGCCUGCCUCCUCCCACUCAACCACCCUACAGCUGAGGGGGAGGUGGUGGGUGGACCGUUUUGGACAGGAGAGAUGCGUGGCUCGGGCGCACUGCAGGCCCUGCGGUGAGUGCUGCCCAGCAUUUUGUCACCCCCCUCAUUGGUGACACCCGGAGUAGCCUGCCCCCACUGCACCCCCUUCCUCCGCCCCUGUCUAUGGAAACCCCAGAGGGACAAACCAAGACCCCCCCAUCCACAUUAUAUCUUUAAGGCAGUACCAUGCCACUUUAGUCAUAGAAUCAUGGCUUCCCCCAAAGAAUCCUGGGAACUGUAGUUUGUUACGGGCGCUGAGAGUUGUCAGUAGACCCCUAUUCCUCCUAGAGAGCUACAAUUUGCAGAGUGGUUUAACAACCAAAACCCCUUCCCAGGGACCUCUGGGAAUUGUAACUGUGAGGGGAAUAAGGGGUUACCUAAAACUCUCAGCAGUUUACAGACUACACUUCCCAGGAUUCUUUGGGGGAAGCCAUGGCUGUUUAAAGUGGCAUGGCCUUCUUUAAAGGUACGUGCAUUUGGAUCCCACGUUUGUACAUUUUGAAGGCUUAUUUUGUACUGUAUUAUGUAUUGUACGUUUCUUUUUCUGUACUGGUAACUUUAGGAGUAUUAGU